GACACGGGUAAGAUCCUAUUUGAUAAUAAGGCAUUCCUUUGGGAAUUCUGCCCAUAUAAGACGUGUAGCUCUUCCAGUGCACUGGGUGGGUUAUUUGAUACUCCAGAAUUCAGUAUUUGACUGGUUUUAUCGAUUCAUAAUUGUUUUGUAUUUGCAUUUGUGUCUGUAUCUGUAUUGUAUCAUUUUGGGUCUAGUACUCAGAGAUGGGUAGUGGACAAUCUAAAAGGGGCAUUUUGAAAAAAUCCCCACUUGGUUGCAUUUUGCAACAUUGGAAAAAGAUUGGGGGUCCCCCUGGGGGAACAGCAACCAGGGAGAAUUUAAUUAAGUGUUGUAAUCAGCGGUGGCCGUUGUACAAACUAGACUCUGGAGAAAAGUGGCCACAAAAUGGAACCUUGAAUUAUAAUACACUGUUAAAGUUAAUGUUGUUUUUAAGACAGGAACAGAAAUGGGAUGAGAUUAUGUAUGCUGACAUGUUUUUCACUUUACGGAAUCAUCCGGAAUGGCAGAAAGAUUGUGGCUUGAAUCCAGCCACCUCAGACCCUUUUGUGCUGGCUCUUGAAAAGGACAAUCAAGGAAAAUGGUUAAAACAUUGUUGUUCUAUGUGCAGCACAGGACAAACUUGUUCUAAACAUCUCCCCAGUAUGAAGAAUGAUUUAGAUGUUAUGGUCAGUCCUAACUGCAGGCUGGACGGGGGAACAGAAAAUCAGGCUGCUGAGACUGAUAUUAUGAGGGAAUUAACAUGUAAAGACGUGGAUUUAGCAGGUCUAAAAGAGAAGAUAGAGAGGCCAGGGAGAUUGUAUCAAAGAGCAGAGGAGAAGACAGAAGAGACAGAGAGGAUGUAUCAAGGAGCAGAGGGUUUUAGUCCAACUGCAGAGAGAACUAGAGCUGAACACAGAGAUGUGAGAGCAGCUGCCUUCCAUGAGGCAGUCGGUAUGGAUGGUCCAAUUACAGUAAAAGUUCCAUUUUCAAUAAUGGACCUUAAUAAUUGGAAGUUGAUUGCUGGCACCUACCGAGAUGACCCAGACAAAAUGGCAAAAGCAUUUGAAAUGAUGAUAAAAAUCCAGGAUCCGGACUGGAAGGAUAUAGAUACUAUGUUAGAAAUGCUGUUUGACAGUACAGAAAGAGAGAUGGUUGUUAAAACCAGUAGGAGGUUUGUGGAAGAACAAAUUUUGACAGGUAACUUGUCAGGUACCUUGGACAUUAAUUUUCCCACUGUGGAUCCAAAGUGGGACCCUAAUGUGCCCAUGUUUAGAGAGAGAUUAAAUAGAUACCAACAAUGGAUACUAUAUGGAAUUAGAAAUGCCAUACCAAAGGUUAUCCAUAUGUCAAAAUUAUUUGAAAUUAAGCAGGAUGGUAAGGAAUCACCUACCGAAUUUUUAAAUCGCCUGAAAGAAACAGCUCGAAAAUAUACUAAUCUUGAUCCUGAAACAGAGGAAGGAAAAACUCAAUUAGCCCCCAUAUUUGUGGGGCAAUCCUCAGAUGAUAUUAGAAGGAAAUUACAACAGGCUCAGGGACAAGACCAGUAUGAUUUAGGGAAGCUGUUAGAUGUUGCUUGGGGAGUUUAUCAGAAUAGAGAAAGCCAGCAAGAAAUAACUAAACAAAAAGUAGUUGGAGUUAAUGAAGGAAUUUCCAGAGGAAUGGUGCCCCCGGGGAAAGGAAGGGGACAAGGAUGCAGACAACCUACCUCAAACCCCCCCAGGAGACUUGGUAUUAAUCAAUGUGCAUACUGUAAGAAAGACAGGCAUUGGGAAAGGGAUUGUUUGCAGUUGCAACACAUGAGCUCCCCUCCCGUGGCUGUCACUGAUGAUGACUGAGGGGGACCAGAGGAUUCUGCCCCAGCAGAACCUCUGGUUACAGCUAAGCUGGGGAAGAAGAAGGUAAAUGGGAAGGUAGAAUUUUUUGUAGAUACAGGAGCUAGUUACUUAGUGCUAAAUACAGUCAGAGGAAACUUGAGUAAUGUUUCUGUAACAAUUGUUGGUGCAACGGGGAAUCGCAAAACUCGGCCAUUUUUCAAGCCCAUUCAUUUUAAAUUAGGAAAACAGUGGAUGACUCACCAGUUUUUGCAUCCACCCAAUUCACCAAAGCCUCUCCUUGGGAGAGAUUUAUUGGAAAAACUAAAUGCUGAGAUUAAAUUUAAUAAUGGCAAAAUACAGGUUAUUAUUCCAGAACCUAAUUAUGUGGAAGCCUCUAUUUUUGCAUUACAGUAUCCAAAAUGGGAUCCAUCUGCCAGUAUCACUUGAGGAUGCAGUGAUUCUGAUAGUCUGGGCUGGAGAGGUACCCAGGAGAUCCAAAAAAGCAGAGCCUGUAAGAACUAAAUUGAAAUCUGGAGCAGGACUGGUAAGGCAAAAGCAAUACCUUUUGAAAAUAGAAAGUCAUAAGGGGUUAUUACCCCUUGUGGAAAAAUUUAUAAAAUAUGGCCUAUUGAAGGAAUGUGAAUCCAGAUUUAAUACCCCUAUUUUGCCAGUUAAGAAUGUAAACUGAAGGAAAGGCUUACCAGCUGGUACAGGACCUUAGUGCCAUAAAAAAGAUAGUAGAAAAUACACACCCAGUAGCAGCAAAUCCUUAUACCUUACUAACAACCUUGAGUGAAAAAUUUAAAUGGUUUAUGGUAUCAGAUUUGAAAGAUGCCUUUUUCUGUAUCCCUUUGAGUACUGAGAGUCAAGAGCUAUUUGCUUUUGAAUGGGAAAAUCCAACAGAGAGAGAAGUCGUCAACUGAUUUGGAUGGCUCUACCACAGGGGUUUAAAAUUAGCCCCACCAUAUCUAGAAAUCAAUGGGCAAAAGAACUGGAGGACAGGAAAAUCAGAACCCUAUUGAAGUCUUGUUACAGUAUGCAGAUGACAUUCUGACAGCCACUGAAACUAAACUGCAACGCUGGGAUCAGACUGUGGCAUUGUUGAAUUUUCUGGGACUAAGUGGAUACAGAGGAUCCAAAGACAAAGCACGAAUGUUCCAGACCACAGCAACCUGCCUGGGAUUUGAAAUUCUCCAAGGACAAAGGAGGCUGGGACAGGAAUGAAGAGAAGCAAUUUGCCAACUCCCACUGCCACGAAUGAGGAAGCAUAUUCCAGCAGACCUGACUUACGAGACAGACCCUUGGAAAGUCCUGAUUGAGAGUUGUUUACUGAUGGGAGCAGCUUUGUCCAAAAUGGAAAAUGACUAUCUGGAUAUGCAGUGACGACACACCAUGAGGUAACUGAAUCAGGGGCGCUCCCCUCCAAUGUGUAAUUGCACUCACUUGAGCUUUGGAAGUGAGUACAGGAAAAUGAGUUAACAUUUAGACUGAUUCAAAAUACACUUUCGGAGUGGUGCAUGCAUGCAGGGCCAUCUGGCAAGAAAGAGACCUUUUGACAUCUAAAGGCACAUUGAUCAAAGGUGGAAAGCAAAUCUUGGACUUACUCAAAACUAUCCAGAAACCAGCAGAAGUUGCUAUUACGCACUACAGUGCACAUCAAGCAGGUAAGACCAAACUGGAAUUGGGGAAUUGUUUAGCUGAUAAGGCUGCCAAAGAGGCUGCAGAAAAAGGCAUGUUUGAAAACAUAUCUUUAAUACCCCUGCCAGAAAUACCUCUCCCAGUAGAAAAAAACAGAGUAUAGUGCUAGGGACUGUCAAUUAAUUGAAACCUGAGAAGCAAAAUUUGAUGCACAAAGCUGGGCAGUUACUCCAACCAGGCAAGUAGUGGUCCCAGAACCGAUCUUGAGUGAAAUAGUGGAUUGUGAACAUAAAGGCACUCAGAGGAGUACUGAAAAACUUUUGAAACAUUUGCAAAAAUCUGUAAUUGGGUUUAAAAUGGCUCAGAUUGUACAGUCAAGAAUACAACAAUGUACAGUCUGUAAAAGAAACAACCCUACCACAGUUAAAAACUAGUGCUAGGAGCCAUGAAAUUUGGAAAUGUUCUGGGUGAAUACUGGCAGAUUAAUUUCACUGAAUUACCCAGAAAAGGGGGGUAUUAACACCUCCUAGUUCUGGUGGAUAACUUUUCUGGAUGGCCAGAAGCCUUCCCCUGUCACACCAAUCAGGCUAAGGAAGUGACUAAAAUACUGUUGCAUCAGGUAAUACCUAGAUUCAGGGUACCUUUGGGAAUGUCAUCAGCCAGUGGUUCCCACUUUAAUGCAAAAGUGGUACAAGAGGUUAGAAAAGCCUUGGGAAUAGCAUGAGAUCUUCAUACUCCUUGUAGACCCCAAGCCAGUAGCAAAGUAGACUGAGAGAAUCAUACAAAUUGCGAUUCGGUAAAAUAUUGGUCAGGAAACCUCCAUGACAUGGGUCCAAGCCUUAUCUGUUGCUGUACUUCAAGUUAGAAUUCAGCCAUGGGACACCAGCAAAAUAAGCCUCUAUGAGUUGCUAUAUGGUCAACCCUACCACUUACCACACAUUCCAGGAGACACACACCU